GUAAAUGUAGGGUUCUAUUUGUUCAAAACCAAAUUAAAGCAUAUGAUAAUUUUCAAGAUGAUGCUACAAAAAUACUUGCUGGUUAUGCUUUAAUAAAUUUACCAAAUGGUAACAAUCUUUUGACAAAUGAAUACGUUCACGUUGAGGAUGAAAAUGUUUGGACAGGCCUCACUGAUGAAGAUAUAAUAGAAAUGGUAAACCAGAAGGAAGAGAUUAGUGAAGAGGAAGUUGAAUCAAUGGAAGAAAUUGAGAUAAUAAGUAAUACAGUAGCCAAAGAGUCAGUAGAUAUAGUUUUAAAGUAUUUGUAUCAGCAAGAACCAGAAUUUGGUGAAGUAAAGUUUAAAUAG